UUUCUUCUCGUUAACAGCUGCAAAAAGUCUAGUCCACCUUUCAGGCUUUCACUCUAGUAUCUACUGUCUAAAAAGUAAAACACCAAAAUCUCCUUCACACACUCAUAUUCCACCUACGCAGCCCCCACUGCUCCACCACCGUCAAGGUACAAGCAAACAAGCAUGGGAUUUCAGCUUGAAGUAGGGCAACAUUCUACAGUACCUAAGCUUCCACUCUUCUCCAAAACAGUACCACCCAUGAUGCAGUCACCUGACCAUACAGGGAUGCUAACACCACCGCUGUACACUUUAGCUUCAGUUCCAUUUCAAUGGGAGGAGGAGCCUGGGAAGCCUAGACCAUGCACCGCUCUCAUCGCACUCCCUAACCCUAAAAAAACUGAAACAAAGUGCUUAGAGCUUCCACCAAGACUGUUCAUGGAAUCCACGACUAAAAUUACCAAAACACCCUCUCCCACCACAGUCUUGGAUGGGCCUUAUGUGGGCAGGUCCAAGCUCUCUUCUUCUUCAUUCAGAUCUCUCAUGGAGGGUAAAUUGUCUUUUGACAGUACUAGUAGCAGAAGCCCUGAGAAAGGGCAGCUUAGAACUGUUGUACUUUGCAAUAAAGGACACAAAAGAAGAGGUUUAUUUGAUUCUUGGGGAAAAAAGAAUCUCAAACUUAAGGGUCAGAAGAAGGAAAUUGGUGAUGAC